AUGAGCGCCUCGUCGUCGCUGGCGCAGAGGAAAGCCAAGGCGGCCCUCCUCUCCUCGUCCGAGCCCCACGGCGACUACUCCACCCGCCGGCACGCCUCCGCUGGCAGCCUAGGGGGCAGCGGCAACAGCUGGGCACGGGGGCGGGUGAGCGGCGGCGCAGGGCCACGUGGCCGGGCCGGCCAGGGUGCCCUGCGUGCCCUGUUCUGGGCCAUGGCCGCCGGCCUCUUCUGCCUCUGCGCGUGCCUCGCCCUUCUGGUCACCCUCCGCUUUGCAGCAGCUCAGCCGCCGUCAGACUCGAACCCGACAGCGUCGUCGUCGGCCCACCUCAUCCGCCGCGACGACGACGACGACGCGUCGGCCCUGUCCGUCGUUUCGCUGCUCGGGUGGGCCGGCCGCCGGCUGGUGCACCUCCUGCCCACGCCGCCAGCCGAGCCCCGCUUGCCCAGGGCCGGUUCAGCAGUCGCGGAGACCAGCGCCGUCGCGGAGCCCUCGCGGGGCAGCCAGCGAGCGGCGGCGCAGAGCGAGCCUGCCACUGCAGAUGACCCCGAUACCGCCACCACCGGCGACGAUGGCGAGGAGGAGAGCAAAGACGACGAAAACAUCGCCGCGUCGGUGUGGCAGGCCACGCUGCGUCGUGAUCGGGCGGCCAACGACGAAGAACCGGCCAUGGAAGAGGAGCAGCCGGAGGAGAAGGAUGAAGAAGAGGAGCAGCAGCAGCAAGAGGAGGAGGAAGGCGAUGAAGCGGAGGUCGACAACGAAGUCGAAGAGGAGGAGGAGGAGGAUGAAGUGGAGGAAGAAGAGGACGGGGGGGGCGGCGUGGUAGAGGAGGACGAUGGUGCGGAGGGCGCCACCAACGAGCAGCAGCAGCAGCAGCAGGAGGGGGAGGACAUUACAGAGGCGGAAGAAGGAGAGGGAGUCGAGGAGCAGGACGGCGAGGGUGAGGAAGUGAGCGACGAUACAGAAGCCGACGAGGCUCAGGCGGAAGAGGAGCAGACAGAAGAAGAAGAGGAAGAAGGCAAACAAUCACAGGAAGAAGAGGAAGAAGAGGAACAGCAUCAGCAACAACAACAACAACAACAAGAGGAGGAGGAGCACACAAGAGCGGGAGGAGAGGAGGAGGGAGCCGAGAUGCCUCCGCCUCCGCCGCCGGUGGCCCAUCCGCCGCCUCACGUGCUCGAGGGCAGCGACGAGCAGGUGGCCAAGCCCGAGGAGGUGCGCCGCUCGGUGCCGGUGCCGCCGGCCGACGAGCGUCCGCCCUCGCCACGCCCUCCCCGGGCCAAGACGCCCCUCGCCCGCGCCGGUGGCAGCGCGCACGGUCAUCAGAAGGGCUCCGUCGUGUCGAGCCGGCUAGGCCUCGGCCCUAGGCCCACAACUGGGCCUGCCGGCGGCGGCGGGGCCAAGAGCAAGUCCUUCAGCAAGCCGGGGGUGCUGGGCAAGGCCAAGACCACGCCCGGCGCGGUGGCGGCUCUCGCGGCGUCGGCCGUGGCCAAGACCAAGGCCAAGUCUGGCGGCAAAGCCAUGGCGGCCGCGCCGGCUGCCGGUGCGGUCAAGGCUGGCGGCGGGUCGAAGAUCAAGGCCGGCAUGCUGGCGAAGCGGAGCGGCGGCGGCGGAUCGUCGGCUGGCGGGCAGGACGGGCGACGGCACGGCGAGGCCGAGCUGCAGCGGAAGAAGGCGCGCUCCCUCAAGUCGACCGGCCGCAGCGAACUAUGA